GUCGAUCUUCUAUCUUCAUCAUGUUCACUAAGACCGCCGUCGCUAUCGCUCUUGUGGCCGUCGCUUUGGCUGCUCCUUCACAGCCUUCCUACGACUACUCUCCUCCGGAAACCUAUGACUCUCCUGCUAAGUAUGACUUCAACUACGCUGUCAAGGACGACUACUCCGGAAACGACUUUGGCCACCAGGAAGCACGCGACGGAUACAACACACAGGGUUCCUACUUCGUCCUCCUUCCCGACGGUCGUCUGCAGAGAGUCACCUACACCGUCAACGGCGACUCAGGCUACGUAGCUGAGGUCAGCUACGAGGGCGAGGCCCAGUACCCCGAGUACCAUCCUGCUCCUGCUUACAAGCCCGCCCCUGCCUACAAGCCCCCCCUACCUACGAACCCGCCCCCACUUACACGCCCACGCCUGCCUAUGCUUAAGUGAAUCCGCCUCUACCUAUGAAGUGUGCAUAAUCUAAUAUAUGCAAACUAUUUAUUAAACAAAAA